GGCCGUCCGUCAGACGCGAGUCUCUCGGAAUAGUAGUUCUGCCAGAGGCUGUGAGGGGCGGACAUCGCUGCGGGACUGGCCGGAGGGCGAUGGGUCGAGGCCUGCGGGCGUUGUGGAAGUAGGGAGUGGACGCGGUAGCGGGCGAGGAGUGUCUUUGGUUCAAGAUGUUUUCAAAAUGGGAUUGGUCAGUACAAGCUGUGGUAACACUCUUGAGCAUUUACUCCUUUGGAGUUUCAGAUGGUCUUGUGAAUCUGUGUGGCUAUAUCAUCCCAGAGUCUCCAGUCGUCCUUUCCAUUGACUCCAAUUUUACAGCAUUCUGCGUUAUCAGUAACUGUUCAAUUUAUGGUAACAUUCACGCCAAUCAGAUUUUCUGGAAAACUAAAAAUGUGGUUGUCCCAAAAGAGCAAUACGGUGUAAUAAAUGAAACUGUUUCUAGUGUAACAUUUAAUGACACCUCUACUUUGGAUACUCCUCUGACUUGCAACAUCUUGGUAGCUGGAAACAUUGUGCAGAACAUCUAUGGAAUUCAAAUUAAGUUGGGCUUACCUCCAGAGAAGCCUAAGAACUUGAGUUGCAUUGUGAUUCAAACCGCAAAGAGAGUAUACAUUCGAAGAUGUACCUGGGAACCUGGAAGAAAUACGUUCCUGAGCACCAAAUACUCUGUAAAAUCACAGUGGCCAACUUAUACAUUUUCUGACUGUAUACCCCAGAUAACCAAUAAUUCCUGCAGCAGUUCUGAUGUUACCUUUUAUAUUACCCUAGAAGUGUGGGUGGAAGCCAGCAAUGAGCUUGCGGUAGUCGAAUCUGACCACAUUGAGUUUAUUCCUGAAAACAAUGUAAAACCUCUGCCUCCACACAAUCUGUCUCUCAACUCAGGAGAAUUUUCUGCCGUCCUGAAACUAUCAUGGCAAGACCAAUUUAAUGAAAUUACAAUGCAGCUGAAAUAUAAAAUUUGGUACAAGGCCAUGGACAGUGUAGACUGGAAUGAGGUUCCUUCUCAAGACACAGACUCACCAAGAACUUCCUUCGUUAUCCAGGAACUUAGGCCAAAUACUAUAUACGUGUUUAAGCUGCAGUGUAAACUUGCGAAUUAUCCAGGAUAUUGGAGUGACUGGAGUCAAGAAGUAGUUGGAUUCACAGCUGAAGACAAACCUUCUAAAGGACCAGCUCUGUGGCGGAAGAUUAGCACUUCUCACUCACCAGGAAACUGGAGUCUCGUACUGAUAUGGAAGGAGUUGAAACCUUCCGAAGCCAAUGGAAUAAUUUUGAAGUAUGAAGUAUCAGUAGCAGGAAGUCCACCGCUUUUUUUUCGAACUGAAUACAGUGUGAAUACCACCGAGCUGCCCCUAAAUGUGCAAAAUCGGUCUUAUGAAGUGACGGUUACAGCAUAUAACAAAGUUGGUAAAUCCCCUCCAUCAGUUUUGCUUAUCCCAGCAACUAAUUCAAAAGCUCCUGUGAAAAACGUUGGAGCAUUUCCUAAAGACGGCAAGCUCUGGGUAAAUUGGACAGCUCCCAAAGAAUCAGUUGAAAAAUAUAUAAUUGAAUCGUAUGAACAGUGCGACAACACGACCUGCGCUACUGAUUGGCAACAGGAACCUGGAUCAAAACAGGGCGCCUUUUUAAAAGGAGACAUAAAGCCACACAAAUGUUACACAAUAACUGUGCAUCCAUUAUAUACUAAUGGUCAAGGAGAAGCAAGAUCAACAGAAGCCUACCUUGAGCAAGGUGUGCCUGCUAAUGGACCCACAGUUCGAACAAAGAAAGUGGGAAAAUCUGAUGCCAUCUUAGAAUGGAAACCUCUUUCAGUGGAAGAGCAGAAUGGGUUUAUCAAACACUACACUAUAUUUUAUAAAACGAUGACUGGAAAUGAAACAGCUGUGAAUAUAGAACCUUCCAAAAGAGAGUACCAAAUGUCAUCCCUAUCAAGUGACACUUUAUAUGCAGUGUGGAUGUCAGCGUACACAGAAAAGGGAGGAAAAAGCGGGCCUGUUUUUACAUUUACUACAAAUAGAUUUGGGGACGGAGAAAUUGAAGCAAUAGUUGUCCCUGUAUGUCUAGCUUUCCUGCUGUUGACUCUCUUAGGUGUAUUAUUUUGCUUCAACAAACGAGAUAUCAUCAAGAAGCACAUCUGGCCUAAUGUGCCUGACCCUUCAAAGAGUGUAAUUGCUCAGUGGUCGCCACAAACACCAUCAAAGCAUUUUAAUUCCAAAGAGCAGAUAUAUCCAGAAGGCAGCUUUACCGAUGUCAGUGUCGUAGAAAUUGAAGCCGAUGACAAGAAGUCUCUUUCUGAACAGGAUCUGAAGCCUUUCGACGUGCUUAAAAAAGAAAAAAAUGCCUCAGAAGGGCACAGCAGUGGUAUCGGGGGAUCAUCCUGCAUGUCUUCUCCCCGACAGAGUGUUUCUGAUAGUGAUGAAGGUGAACCUGCUCAAAACACUUCCAGCACUGUGCAGUAUUCAACCGUAGUACCCAGUGGCUACCGGGACCAGACACCUUCGGUGCAAGUCUUUUCUAGGUCUGAGUCUACCCAGCCCCUGCUAGACUUGGAAGAGAGGCCAGAAGACCAGCAAGUGCUGGGAAGUGACAACUCAACUCCAAGGCAGCGCUACUUCAAACAGAAUGGCAAUUGGGAUGACACAGUCGUGGAUGGGUCUCAUUUGGAGAGAGUAAAGCAGAUUUCUCCCAUAAAUGAGGAAGACACUGCUGGACCUCAGGCCUCGCAGUUGUGUGGCUCUGGCCCUGAGAGAGAUGAGCAGGGAGUUGCCUUAGCAAGUGCUUUCCACCCAAGCCCUGAGGGACCAGCCUUGCAGGUCGAAACCACGAGAAUAAAUACAGUGACAGAUGAGGAGAUGCCAAAGAGUUACCUGCCACAGACUGUGAGGCAGGGUGGCUAUAUGCCCCAGUGAAAGGGGGAGACUGCCUCCUGCUAGACACUGUUACAACGUUGGUUCAGAUAAGUUAAAACUGUUGGUGUUUUUUUAAAAAAUCUUGCUUCAGAUAAAAAAAAAAUCAGGUUCAUUUAUGGACAAGAAUAUGGGCAACGUGGAUUUGGGAACUUUGAGCAGACUUUAAAUUGGAAGUUUUCAGACACUUUACUGAAUAUUUCUUCAAGCACUACAUUCAGCUCAUCAGACAAAUCUGUUGCCUUUCAGUUUUGUCUUGGGGCAUCCACCUCAUUUUAAUGUGGAAUUGAAGUCAAUCUUCAUUUUGUUACAGAGAUAAAGGCAAAGAGAUGACUGUGAAAACCUACCUACAAUUAAACUAUGAAAAGUUUAGAACCUAAUCAUUAGACAAUUACAUUUUGAAUGUUAUCUUUUAGGCUAAUGCCAUCUUUUCAAAAGUAAAAGUACAGUAUUUUAUGUUGCAUGACUUACCUUUAAAAAUCAUCCAGAGACCAAAACUACUGCCCGUCUGUGGCCAAGCCUAGUGGCUUAAGGCAGAAACCAAAUAUUGGGAGGGUCUAAUAUAUAUCCAGAUCAACUGACCAGAAAGACUACAUUUAUUGUGGGUUUUAUGCCACCGACAUGUUCUGUCUUUGCCAGUAAAAACAAAACAAAACUACAAACAAAUGCAGUGAAAUAUUUAUUAUCUAUACUAAAUUCUGAAAGCCAGUAUUUCAUGCCUUUCCUGUCUUGCAGUUUGAGCCAAAUCUAUUAAAAUUUAAACAUCGUAUUUAGAAUGCAAACAUGUAAAUUUGAAUAUCAGAAAAAUUCAUAUGUGCUCUUAUUAUUUUUUACUUUUUAACAGAUUAGAUGUCAGUGAAGUAAAUAUAUUCUAAUUAAUAUCAGAUAAUAAAGUUUUAGGGAAAAGAUAUUAAGUGGAAAUGUCUGCUGCUUUUACUGAUUUCUGUACCAGGUUCUUGUAUUCCUUGCUGCCAUUAUGAAUGCCUAGAGUGGAGCAAACAUCUGCAUAGCCAAUGAAGUCGACACCUUGAAGAACUGUAGUCUUGGUACUUGGCGUGGAGAGUUCUCUCUCCCGUAAAUGAAGAAAACUCUUUCUUGAAAACAUUUCUUACAGACCUUUUUUUUUCUAUUUUACCAUAAAACCAUCUGGGUCAGCUGACUUCCUUUCUGCAAGCUGACUCAAUAUAGUCCGUUUCACUUUCUACAAAGCAUUAAUAAGUUGAGACUCUGAUUCUGAAGCAACGCAGAAACUCUACAACUGUUUAAUGAGAAAUAAAUGUUCAUUUGAUUCUUUCCCA